AUGUCUGAUUAUUUUAGUGUUAAACCCAUCCCAAAUAACCCACUCGACUUAAAUACCCCCGAUAGUGAGUCUGCCACUGUCUCAAAUAAUUUAACUGCUAUUCCUAAUACCACCACUACUACCACAACUCCUUCAACUAUCCCUUCCACUACACUUGCCAUUCCUAAAUACCAAGAUGAUACCGAUGCAAAGUCUAUUCAAUCCUCCCAAUACUUAAUGGAAAUGUUACCAGAUAACCUCACCAUGACAAGAGAACCCUCCGUUAUCACCUCCAAUACCACUAUCCCCAACAUCAGCAUCAGCCAUGCUAAUACCUAUAGCUACUCUUCAAAGGAUUUGAUCCUGCCAAAAACAGAUUUUAGAUCCCCAUAUUACAUUUCCGUGCCCAUCCCUAAUCCAAACGCAAAACCACAGAAGUCUUUGUCUAAUAUGGACAACAACGACAACAACGAUAACGAAGAGUAUUUCGUCAGAGAAUACCCAACAGAUAUCCUGAUAGAUAGGUUCCAUAAAUGGAAAAAGAUCCUCAAAGGCUUGAUCGGCUAUCUAAGAGAAAUAGCUUAUUCACAAGAACAGUUCGCUAGAAUCAACACUCAACUGAAAAGUUCUGUUAAAUUUCAUUUCUUGACUGAUAUCGAAGAAGGUUCCAACAGAUUGAUCGACCCUUUGACUACUAUUAAACCUGUCAGGAAACAACAACCUAAGACUAUCGCACAACAAAAAAAAAUGACUGAUUCCUCAAAACAACAACAACAACAAGAAAAUGAAACUUUUGAUAAUACGUAUAACAAUAAUGCUAAUAAUAUUACUAAUAAUAUGGAUACGUAUCAUAAUAAUAAUAAUAAUAAUAAUAAUAACACUAACGAAUACCCCUUUGAAUAUGACAUAUUAGCCACUUCUGGGUUUAUGAAAUUUGGUUCCGGAUCGAUCCAAGAUAUCCAAGUCGUAUUGAAAAAACAUCAUUUGGCUCUAGCAAACCAUCAAUUGAAGAUUUCAAAAGAAAUCUCAACUGUCAUUAUCCCUAAACUGGAAUCCCUUAGAAAGGAUCUGGGCUUCAAAAUUAAAGAAAUUAAAGAAUUGCAUAGUGAUUUCAAGACUAACAUGAAUCAUCAUCUUGAUUUAACACAUAAAUUGCUACAUAAAUAUAUUGCAUCUGUCAAAUACAUGAACUCCAUAACAAAGAAGAAACAACAAACACAACAAACACAACAAACUGAUUUGACUGCUUUACAACCAAAACAUGACCCAUACUUACUCAAAUUACAACUGGACUUACAAUUAAAAAGACAAAUUGCAGAAGAAAAUUAUUUGCAAGAAGCUUACAUCAAUUUGCAAUCCUCUGGUAUGAAAUUGGAAAAAAUCAUUUACUCAAAGAUUCAAAAUGCUUUACAACGUUAUUCUGCCUUAAUUGAUUCUGAAGCAAGACUUACCAUCAAAAACCUAUGUCAUGAACUACAACAAGGUAUGCUAUCCAAACCACCAGCCAUUGAAUGGGAUCAUUUUGUAAACCACCACCCAACAUGUUUAAUCAACUGGAAAUCUAAUGAUCCCUUACCUACCCCAAGAAAAUUUUCUGAUAUCAUUUAUCCAAAUAUGAAAACAUCUUUUGCUAAAUGUAUUAGAGCAGGAUAUUUUUAUAAAAAAUCAAAUUUUUCAAAAGAAUAUAGGAAAGGCUAUUUCGUGUUAACUCCAAAUUACCUCCACGAAUUUAAAAGUAGCAAUUUUUACAAAAACAACAAUACUACUGCUGCUCAUGCUAAUACUGGUGCUGCUACAGCUGCUGUUGCUAAUCAAUCAUCUGGUAAUAUUACAGGUUCCAGUUCCAACCACAAAUCUUCUUCUACUCACUCUUCUUCAACUUCACUAGCACAACAAGAUAUAGCAACAAAUAAUACCUUAUCGUAUACUGGACAACAAACACAACAACAAAACCAGCAACCUUCUUUGACACCAAUUAUGAGUAUUCCAUUAAAUGAUUGUUCUUUGGUCAAAGUCUCUGACCAUCAUUUUACAUUAAAGGGCAAAGCUAUCUUUAUUGAUUCCAUAAAUAAAACCAAAAAUCCAUCUUUAGCUAAUGCAUAUAACAAUUCUUUUGUUAGUUUAUCAACUAGUAUGAGUAGCAAUUCAUUGUCAAACAGCAGUUCCAGUUUAGGUGCUACUACUCCAAAUAAAUCUUCAAUGCUAAGUAAAAAAUCCAGAUUUUCUAAACUAUUAAAUCCUGGUAAGUCCAGACAGCUAAAACAGGAAAAACAACAAAGAUUAUCGGAACUACAACAGGAAACAUCAAUCAAAGAACAAGAAUCAAAGAAUAUUGUUACGUGGGUAUUCAAAACAUGUAAUGAUGAACCAGAGGAUUCAAAUGAAAAACACUUUAAAAAGUGGGUUCAAGAUUUAAAACACUUAUGUUCAUAUAAUACAACAAAUGAAAGAAUGCAAUAUAUUGAAGAAAAACUAUGGAAGAGUCAUUUACAUAGAUCUUCGAAAUUAAUGCAUAUGACGAGUGGCAUGAGUUCUCCUAAUAUUAACGAAUAUAAUGGUUCAACUGGUAACUUUGAAACCUCUUACUCCACUGUACAAUUAAUGGAAAAUGCAAUGAAGAAUUCUAAUGCUAACAACAACAAUAAUAAUAGUCUAACUAAACCCCAAUACAUUUCUAUCAAUAAUACACCAAUGUUAAAUGCUGAAUCGUCUUUUAGAUCUAAAAUUAAUACACCUGCCAUUGAUGAUAAUGGUAAUUUAGUUACUAUGGCUGAAAGGAAGAGUUACUCAUUCUCACCAAAUCAUUCUUCUACAUCAGAUCUUUCAACAACAGCCAACAAUGAUCAACCGUACCUAUCUACACAACAACAAUGGCAAGCCCAUCCAAAUUUACCAACUGUGAUUACACCAACAGGUAGUUCAACGAGCACGAGGUAUGGUCAUCAUCAAAGAAAUGUUUCCUUACCAGUUUCUCUUGGACAAAUGAAUAUAGUUAAUUCACCGGCAAGUGUUACAUCAGAGGUUAGCGGCUAUUUUGCCAUACCCGUGAACAGAAGUUCUAAUGAACAAUUACCAAAUGCAAUGACACCGCCAUUAUCUAGAACUACUUCACGUGGUGCAAGUUCAGUUAACAUCAAUAGAUUACCAAAAGUUAGGCUUAAUAAUCAGGAUAUGAAAGAUAAUUCAAACAGACCAACCAUCAAAGAAAAUGCUAGUACUGGAAGUUUACCUUCUUUAAAUAAACAAAAUACCAAUGAAUUGUAUCAGAGAACUAAUUCCAGUGCUACUAAUUUACAAACACUUCAAACAAGUAGAGUACAUCCAAUACGUAAACAUAAGAAAAAUGUGUCUUUCACUUCAUUAAACAGUUUAAUGUUUGCAAAAAAAAGUGGGUCAAAUCAUGCAUUUACAGGAAAUCAAUUUAUUGGAGGUGGAAUCCGCGAAGAUGAUGAUGACAAUGAUUCUGAUAAACCAAAUCAACCAGCUCUAAAUGAUAAAAUUAAGUUGAAUCAAUCAAUAUACUCAUGA